AUGGAGACGACGAUUCCUCCCACUCCAGAGGCAGCCGCCAUCACCGCGGCCGUCGCCAGCGCCAACAGAGACGAACACGCAACCACCGUCCGCGAGGCCCUCGAGCGGUAUCCCAGUGCCAUCUUCUGGGCCAUUGCAAUGUCCUUUACCAUUGUCAUGGUGGGCUACGACACAAUCCUCAUGGGCAGCCUCAUGGCCUAUCCCUCCUUUGUCGAGAAAUACGGCAACUACCACCCCGACCUCGGCGCAAAGGUCAUCUCGGGCCCCUGGCAGGUCGGCCUCAGCACCGCGGGCUCCUGCGGCGGCGUCCUCGGCAUGGUCAUCAACGGCUUCGUCACCGAGCGCUUCGGCCACCGCAGGGUCACCAUGGUCGCCCUGACCAUCAUGACCGGCCUCAUCUUCAUCCCCUUCUUCGCGCCCAGCGUGCGCGUGCUGCUCGCCGGACAGUGCCUCCUGGGCGCCGUCUGGGGCGUCUUCUCCAUCAUGGGCGCCGUGUACUCGUCCGAGAUCUGUCCCCUUGUGCUGAGAGGUUACAUGACCUCCUUCAUCAACAUCUGCUGGGUUAUCGGCCAGCUCAUCGUGGCCGGCAUCCUGCAGGGGCUCGUCAGCAACAACACCAAGUGGGCGUACAAGAUCCCCUUUGCCGUGGAGUGGGCGUGGCCCGUCCCGCUCUUCAUCCUCGCCUGGCUGGCCCCCGAUUCCCCGUGGUGGCUCAUCCGCCAGGGCCGCAUCGACGACGCAGCGCACUCCCUCAAGCGGCUCUCCCGCGGCCUCACCGACGAGCAGAUCCAGCACAAGAUCCUCAUGAUGCACGACACGAACCGGCUGGAGCAGAAGCUCAAGACGGACGUGAGCUACCGGGACUGCCUCGCGGGCGCCAACCUGCGACGCACCGAAAUCGCCUGCCUGACGCUUGCCUCCCAGAGCCUGAUUGGGCAGCCCCUGGCGUACAACGCGACCUACUUCUUCGUGCAGGCCGGCCUGUCUGCCUCGGACGCCUACAAGAUGAACUUUGGCAACAUGGCCAUCGCCCUCGUGGCCACCUGCGUCUCGUGGGUGCUCAUGACGCACCUCGGCCGACGCACGGUGCUGCUCUCCGGAUACUCGUUCCUGACGCUGGAUCUCCUCCUCAUCGGCCUCCUGUCCUUUGCCCCCAACCGUUCCGCUGCGAAAUGGGCACAGUCUGCCUUGGCGCUCGUCUGGCUGGCCGUCUAUUCUGCGACUGUCGGGCCGCAGACGUGGGCUGUUGCCUCCGAGGUCUCGGCGACGAGGGUGCGGGCCAAGACGCUCUCCAUUGCCGGCGUCGUGUACAACAUUGUCAACAUUGUCGACAACACCAUCGAGCCGUACCUCAUCAACCCCACGGAAGCGAACCUCAAGGGCAAGACGGCGUUUGUCUGGUUCGGAAUCAGCUUCCUGGUGACUGUGUGGGCCGUCUUCCGGGUCCCGGAGACGAGGGGCCGGACGUAUGGCGAGAUGGACGUGUUGUUUGAGAAGAAGGUUCCUGCGUGGAGGUUUGGGACGGCGGACGUGGAGGACGAUGUUACGAUUGUCGGGGAUGAGGAGGCACUGGGCAAGGUUGAUGAUGAGAAGAGGGAGAUGGAAGCGCAGCAGGCGGUUGCCACGAUAUCAUGA